CCAUGUGAGGUCACUAGGGCCGAUGGGAACAGUAGGGCAGUCUGGCCUCUCAGAGGUCUGGGAUCCCCAACCUCUGACUGCUGGGAGGCAGUGGCUGGCUCCUCCUCUCCCUUCCUCCCCAACCCAGCAAAGCCUCCCUGAAUCAUAAAGUCAGACCCCAGUCCUGACUCUUUCUCAAUCUCUAGGAGCUCAGUUCCUGUGGGCAGCACUUGACGUGCCUGAACCCUCUCUUUCUGCAAUUCAAGGGACAGACGAGAUCUUGCACAAGGUACCCUGGGCCUGCCCUCUGUCAGAGAAGGCUGGCAUGGAGUCCCUCUGGCUGCUUAUCCUGGUCGCCAUCACAGGGUGCCUCUUUUGCUGAUGUGAAGCUCUUCUUGUCCUCCAUCCUGGAAGGGAGAGUUGUCUGGAGCCCACAACACGACAGUGUUCCAGGGUAUGGCAGGCCGGUCCCUGCAGGUCUCCUGCCCCUACAACUCCUUGAAGCAUUGGGGAAGACGCAAAGCCUGGUGCCGCCAGCUGGAGGCAGGGGGCCCGUGCCAGCGGGUUGUUAGCACCCACCGCUCAUGGCUGCUGUCCUUCAUAACGAGGAGGAAUGGGAGCACGGCCAUCGUGGACGACGCUCUGGGGGGCACACUCACCAUCACACUGCGGAAUCUUCAAGCUCACGAUGCUGGCCUCUACCAGUGCCAGAGUCUCUACGGUGAUGAGGCUGACACCCUCAGGAAGGUCCUGGUGGAGGUGCUGGUUGACCCCCUUGAUCACCUGGACGCUGGAGAUCUCUGGAUUGAUGAUGAGUCCAAGAGCUUUGAGGAUAUCCACGUGGAGCCCAGCAUCUCCAGGAGUCUCUCUGAAGAGGAGAUCCCCUUCCCACCCACUUCCAUCCUUCUCCUCUUGGCCUGCAUCUUUCUCAGCAAGUUUCUAGCAGCCAGUGCCCUCUGGGCUGCGGCCUGGCGUGGGCAGAAACUGGCGACACGCCCGGCCAGUGAGCUGGGCCGCGGCCACGACCCAAGUUACCAGCUCCAGACCCUAACAGAGCAGAGAGACACAUGAGAGAAGAGGACCCCGCGUGAGACGAGUCCCAGGAGAGGCCUGCUGGAACCCUCCCAGCCUGCACACUGGCCCCUCGGCCACCCAGACUCCUGGUUCUGCUUUGGCAGAAGGCCAGCCUACCCAUCCCCUGCUUCCCCUGGGCCUGGGAACAGAGGGGUGUGUUUGUGUGUGUGGGUGGGGGAAGAACAUUUGCCAACUUCUGGACACCGGACAUUAAAUACUCUCACAAAUAAA